AUGCAAGAUCGUCAACCUGCCGGCUUCGAGUGCGCCGAUGUUGUGAACAUCUUCUUACCCGUCCUCGUCCUCCGAACUUGUCUCCUUGGGAUCGGCGCGACAAACAGAUUAACGAAUGACGCCGUAGCAGAGGGCUGGUUGGUGCGCGGAUACCGGGACGCAAGAGGGGACGGCACCUUUCGCACCGCCACGGCAACGUACAACACGGUGUAUCGGAGAAUUGAGGCCACGAAAAUCGAGACGAGGGAGCGAGGGGCACUUAGCCCUUUGGCGAGCUCGAAGGAUGCAGCUCCCAGGCGGGAGCACGAGAAUUCCGCCCGCGAGAAUACCGACUUUCCUUCUGGUUAUCAUCAACGGGAACAACAUCGCAACAAUCACCGGGAAUAAACGCAUCGGUAGCAACAGCGGCGGUCCCGGUUGCAACAAUAACCGUAGCAGAA